GAGACCGCAGUGAGAGAGCAGGCUGUCAAGGAGGACACUUUGGAGACAUGCCCCAACCAUCGCACCAUUGUGGGACAUAAUCAUUGCACUUUUGACUGGAUUAUGAGCCUUUUUUAAAAAAAAAAUUGAUGAAAAUGUCCUGGCUGUGACACUUCCGGGGCGCAUCAGAAAAGAGAGUUUGUGAUGGAUUUUUUUUCCGCUUAGAAAGGAUUUGAAGGUUUCUUAUAUUAUUAUGAUUGUGUUCCUGAUUGUGUUGUGCGUCACGGAUGGAGUCCUGGCUCAGAUCCGGUACUCCGUACCGGAGGAGGCGGACCACGGUACCUUAGUGGGAAACAUCGCCGAGGACCUGGGACUGGAUCUGACCAAACUGGCGUCUCGCCACUUCCAAGUCGUACCCAGCUCUCGAACGUCGUACUUGGAAGUAAACUUAGAGAAUGGAGUCCUGUUCGUUAACGAGAAGAUCGACAGGGAACAGAUCUGCAAACAGAGCGCCAGCUGCCAACUCAAUAUGGAGGUGUUCCUGGAGAACCCUCUUGAGCUCUUCCGCGUGGAGAUCGAAGUGGCGGACAUUAACGACAACCCGCCUAGCUUCCCGGAGGCGGACAUCACAGUGGAGAUCUCCGAGAGCGCUACGCCGGGGACGCGUUUCCCGCUGGAGAGCGCCUUCGACCCGGACGUGGGCAGCAACUCUUUACGCACGUACGACAUCACCACCAACAACUACUUCCACCUGGACGUGCACAGCCAAGCGGACGGAACCAAGUUCGCCGAACUAGUACUGGAGAAGCCGCUUGACCGGGAGCAGCAGGCGGCUCACAGGUACGUUCUGACGGCAGUGGACGGCGGCCAGCCUCCGCGUACAGGAACCGCGCUCCUGGUAGUCAAAGUUCUGGACUCCAACGACAACGUGCCUGUAUUUCAGCAGCCUGUUUACGCAGUGGCGCUUGCCGAGAACGCGCCCGCGGGCACGUUGGUCAUCCAGCUGAACGCCACAGAUAUGGACGAGGGUCUGAACGGAGAUAUAGUUUACUCCUUCAGCAAUCACAUCUCUAAUCGAGUCAAGGACUUGUUCAGCAUAGACCCACGCACGGGUCGAGUGGAAGUUCGCGGCGAGGUGGAUUUCGAGGAGAGCGGUCUUUACCAGAUCUUCGUUCAAGCAAAGGACAUGGGACCAAAUGCAGUUCCCGCACACUGUAAAGUCCUGGUCACCGUCACAGACUUGAACGACAACGCACCAGAGAUCACAUUCAGCACCGUGACCGAGUCUGUGAGUGAAAAGGCACCACCCGGAACCGUCAUCGCUUUGUUGAGUGUGACGGACUUGGAUGCAGAAGACAACGGGCAGAUCAGCGUCGAGAUCCUUGGCGACGUUCCAUUCAAGCUGAAAUCAUCGUUUCGGAAUUAUUUCACUAUUGUGACGGAUGGGCCGUUAGACCGGGAACAGGCGGACUCCUAUUCGGUGACGGUGGUCGCCCGGGACAAAGGCUCGCCCUCGCUGGCCACCAGCAAGUCUAUCAGAGUCCAAGUCUCAGACGAAAACGACAACGCCCCGACAUUCUCACAAAGCAUAUACGACGUCUAUGUAACGGAGAACAAUGUCCCAGGCGCGUACAUUCACGCCGUGACAGCCAUUGAUCCGGACGUAGGGCAGAAUUCGCUCAUUAGUUAUUCCAUACUUGAAUGUGACAUUCAAGGCAUGUCCGUCAAAACCUACGUGUCAAUCAAUGAGGAGACAGGCUACCUCUAUGCUCUCAGGUCAUUUGAUUAUGAACAACUGAAGGAUUUCACAUUUAUGGUUCAGGCUAAAGAUGCGGGCACCCCAGAACUGUCCACCAACGCCACCGUUAAAGUCAUUAUUGUGGAUCAGAACGACAACGCCCCCUUAGUGUUGGCCCCGGUGGGGAAGAACGGCACCGCUGAGGAGCCUCUACCCCGCUCGGCCGAGCCGGGUUACUUGGUAACACGCGUGGUAGCGAUGGACGCGGACGACGGAGAAAAUGCCAGGCUCUCCUACAGCAUACGGCGUGGUAACGAAAACGGGAUGUUCAGGAUGGACUGGAGAACCGGGGAACUCCGCACGGCGAGGCGUGUGUCAGCGAAGCGAGACCCUCACCGGUUGUACGACCUUCUCGUUGAGGUUCGAGACCACGGUCAGCCGCCGUUGUCAUCCAGCACCGGUGUAUUGGUAGUGUUGGUGGACACCGUAGCGGAGGGUCGAGGCGUGGGCGUGCGAGGAAGUGGAACCAAGGCCAAAGAAAGCAGCCUGGACUUGACACUCAUACUCAUCAUCGCCUUGGGUUCGGUUUCCUUCAUUUUCCUUCUCGUCAUGAUCGUGCUGGCGGUGCGAUGUCAGAAGGAGAAAAAACUCAACAUCUACACCUGCAUGACCAGCGACUGCUGCUUAGGGUCAUGCUGCUCACGUCAGGGCCGGGCCCGUAAAAAAAAGCUCAGCAAAUCUGACAUCAUGCUGGUGCAAAGCGCUGUGAACGUCAGCGGGGCGGGGACGGUCCAAGUCCCCGUGGAGGAAUCAGGGAGCUUUGGCUCCAGCCAUCUAAACCAGAACUAUUGUUAUCAGGUAUGUCUGACUCCUGAGUCUGCCAAAACAGACCUCAUGUUCCUAAAGCCGUGUAGUCCGUCUAGGAGCACAGGCCCCGACCACAGCCCAUGUGGGGCCUUGGUGAGCGAAUACACGGACCAGCAACCUGACAUUAUAUCCAACGGCAGCAUAUUAUCAAACGAGACCAGACACCAACGAGCAGAGCUCAGCUACCUGGUUGACAGACCAAGACGAGUUAACAGCUCGGCAUUCCAGGAGGCGGACCUGGUCAGCUCCAAAGACAGCGGCCAUGGUGACAGCGAGCAGGGAGACAGUGACCACGACGCCACCCAUCGAGGCAUUUCCACUGGCGCUGAUAUGUUCUCCAACUGCACAGAGGAGUGCAAGGCUCUGGGCCACUCUGAUCGCUGCUGGAUGCCGAGCUUCAUGCCCACUGAUGGCCGGCAGGGCCCGGACUACCGUAGCAACCUCCACGUGCCGGGUAUGGACUCGGUACCGGACACAGAGCGAGGAAAAGGGUUUGCUAGCUCUUUUCGUGUCGACAUUUCGGACACGGCGUGACUUGCACAAUCAGCCCCGCCUCCCCCCAAAAUAAAGACUGUCCUCGCCGGCAAGGAGAAUAAUGAGGACCAAAUGACCCCUUCUUCAUCUUUAUAAACUGCUGGAAUUGUGUGGAGAAACUGCUUCGGGGGGGGGGGGGGUUUGGGAUGUGGAGACGGUCGGACACGGAGGAGGGGAAGGACGGCUUCAGGCUGCUUGAUGAAUGGCCUUACUGGGAGGACUUUGUCUCAGCAGGACUGAGAAAGUCCAAUAAAACAAUGGAUGGACGUCAGUGGCAGACAAAUGGAAUCGUUCACAUUUUUUUUCCAAUGUUUAGUGUGCCUGUUUACAGCACUGAUAUACAUCUUUAUACACACAUAAGCCACCACGCAGCCCUUUAGGACAAUGUCCUCAGAGACGCCAAACUGUACAGGAGAUUCGACGUGCAUUUUUAAAUGCUUUUCCAUUUUUUUUCUAUUCUGUUUUGUGCUCGGGUGUUUUCUUUUCAUCUGCUUUCAACUUGUGGGAAAAAAUUAGAGACAGAAUUUGUUUUCAUGUUUUGUUUUUUUUUUAACCCAUAAGAAACCUAUAAGAACAUUUAAAAUUGAAAUGACUGCUUAUUCAUGUGGAAGAUGUGUGAUGUCUUAUCUGUUACGGUGUUCAUGAUAAAUGGAGUUUUAACUUGACUUGUUUUUGUGGAGCAAAACGGACAUGAGGACCAUUCCUCCGACUCGGUGCCAUUUAUUUGUUGUACCUACAGUAAAUGUAUGUCUUUUUUCAAAUAUGACAACACACUUAUUGAACGACUCAAAUUGUGUAUUAGACCAACGUUUUUUGGGGGGGGUUUUUUCCACAGCUUUCUUAAGCCAAGAUGACGUAUUUCAGUAACAGGACAGAAAGCAAGAGGAAUGGGUUUUUAGCAUAGUAUUAGCAAAUACAGUCGUCCCUCACAAUAUUUUGGUUCAAGUUAUGAGACAUUAUCUAACACUGCAUAAAGUCAUAAAGUCCGACUCUCCUCCCAUUCCGGGUGGAAGUCAGAUUUUUAUUAGCUUUUUAAGUUUAGGGGAAAUAAAAAAUAUUGUGCAGUGAACAGUGAAUAACAGGAAUGUAAAGGUGACGAUACGAGGUGUUAUUUUAUGUCUACAGGGUUCUAAUGUUAAAAACUAUACAAAAUACCGUAUUUUCCGGACUAUAAGUUGCACUUUUUUUCAUAGGUUGGCUGUUCCUGUGACUUAUACUCCAGAGCGACUUAUAAAUGUAAAAACUGUUUAUGUUACAUAAACACUGGACACCUUGUUAGCAUAUUGUGUUAGCAUAUCUUACAUCUAUUCAGCCUAUUCUCUAUUUUGUUGUAAUAACUUGCUUUCCAAGAGGACGUAAUGUCUGUUUUGGUCAAAUAGUUUAAAAUAAAUUACGCGCAAAAAAAGCGACUUGUACUCCAGAGCAACUUAUAAAUGAAAAAACUGUUUAUGUUACAUAAACACUGGCUUGUUAGCAUAUUGUGUUAGCAUAUCUUACACUUAUUCAGCCUGUUCUCUAUUCUUUUGUUGUUAUAAUUUGCCUUCCAAGAGGACAUUAUGUCUGUUUUGGUCAAGUGUUUUUUAAAAUAAAUUUUAAAAAACACUUGACCCGCAAAAAAUGCGACUUGUAAAUGAAAAAACUGGUUAUGUUACAUAAACAUUGGCUUGUUAGCAUAUUGUGUUAGCAUAUCUUACACUGUUUCAGCCUGUUCUCUAUUUUUUUAUUGUUAUAACUUGCCUUCCAAGAGGACGUAAUGUCUGUUUUGGUCAGUUUAUAAAAUAAAUAACGCGCAAAAAAAGCGACUUGUAUUCCAGAGCGACUUAUAAAUGAAAAAACUGCUUGUUAGCAUAUUAUGUUAGCAUAUCUUACACCUAUUCAGCCUGUUCUUUAUUAUUUUAUUGUUAUAACUUCCCUUCCAAGAGGAAGUAAUGUCUAUUUCGGUCAAGUGGUUUUUAAAAUAAAUUACCCGCAAAAAAUGCGACUUGUAAAUGAAAAAUAUUGUUUAUGUUACAUAAACACUGGCUUGUUAGCAUAUUGUGUUAGCAUAUCUUUUCUAUUCUUUUGUUGUUAUAAUUUGCCUUCCAAGAGGACGUAAUGUCUGUUUUGGGCAAGUAGUUUGUAAAAUAAAUUACCCGCAAAAAAUGCUACUUAUACUCCAGUGCGACUUAUGUAUGUUUUUUUUCUACCUAAUUAUGCAUUUUUAGCCUUGUGCGACUUAUAGUCCAGAAAAUACGGUAAUAAACAGGUUUUCUAUGCUCUAACUAUGAAAAUAUUGAAUUUAUUAACACUGAAUCCGAUAUUGGUAAAAUUAAUUUAUCAUGGUCGGGUCUGGAACAAAUUUGCCACUAUAAACGAGGGACGACUGUACGUGAAAUAUAGCCACAUGAGAUUUAUGCUACUUGCAUGUUGGUACUAAAAAUAAAAAAAUUAACAUCGAAAAAUAAUUUAGAUGACAGGAUUUUUAUGACUUUUUUUUUUUUUUUUUGGUGAUGGCGUACCAGUUUCAGUAUCAGUAUUAUGAACUUGUGUAUUUCCUGGGUAGGGAAAUGGCAUUGAUUCAGUGGAAUGGUACAUACAUGGUACAACGGUACAAACAUUGAGAGGUACUAUGACACAUUAGGCUUUUCAUUGCAAUGUGAACGCCAAAAGCCCAUGUUGAUAUUUUCCUAGCUUGUUUACUAUGAAGUCAUUGAAUAAAUAUCGGUAAGAGUUGAAUUGUGUUUGACACCCGAUUAAAAGCACUAUAAUUUCUUUCAUGUUUUUAAAAAAAAAAGACAUGGGAAAUGCUAGUUUACCUGAUACACUGCCAUUUUGGGAAGCCAUAUUCUGGAAUAGGUACAUGACUGUCACUCCUAAAUGUUUCCUAUAUGCCACUGAGGGACGUGAUGAGUUCAAGUGAAGCACAAAGCUGUAUAGGAUUCAUUUUUAUCACAUUUAAAGUCCUUUUAUGGCUUCUUAUGGGUUAUGUAUUUGUUUUUUUUUAUGUUUUUUGCGCCAUCACAUUUGUGGGCUUGAAGCAUCAAGUAGUUUCUAUCACGUGUGAGAAGUGUUGGUUACUGUACUCUUUUAAAAAAGCUAAAUAUAAAAGUCUAUCUAUAAAUUUAUCUGUAUCUACUUGUUAUGGAGGUGUGUUAUCUGGGUUCCAAAUCUGGAUUGAGAUCGUUUUGAAUCGCCCCCCCUCCCACCCCGAUGGCGGCUGGUUCUUCUGAAAAACAAAAAAAAAACAAAGUAGAUGUGAAACUUCUUCUGGGACAUGUUUCAUAACUUCUUUUCCACCUUUAGAUAUGAUCAAAUAUGUAUAAAUCUGAGACAGCGGUUGAAAAUUGAUGGUAAUUCUGUGUCAUUGUAAUGAAAAUGUUAAUAGUUAUUAAGUAACAAACACACGACGCAAUCGGAUUCCAGGAUACACACGUCUCGUUUUUCACACAACAGCUAUUCCAACAAUAAAGUGAAAUAUGGUUUUAAAAAAAUGUGUCAUUUUAUGAUGUAUUUAUUUAGCACUAAAUAACUACACAUAAGUUGUAAAAGACAAACAUACUGUAUGCUGGUUCCAAUCCAUGCUUCAAAUGAACAGUGUUGAUUAUUAGACCGCAACACAGCAGGCAGCAUGACCUGUUAGACUACAAAAAUCACGAACAUCGAUGCUGACACACUUCCUAAAUCCUCUCAUUCCUUUUCGACAAUACUUGAGGAUUGAGCGGAUCUUUUUAUCUGUCUGAAAUACAUGUAGUGCCAGCAGAUUACACUAUUAACAGAUGGCUAGCAACUAACAGGGCCGGCCGCUUCAGUUGCAAAUGUACUGUCAGGGGAGCGAGGCGACAAAAAGGAAGGACGCAUUCUGUCUAUUAAAGAUGAAAAAAAAAUGCAAUGUAUAUAUUUUUAUUUUUAAUUAUUGAUCAAGCUGCACGGCGGUCGAGUGGUUAGCGUGCA